UGCGAAAAUUGGCCAAACGUGUACCUCUCUUUCUCCAAUUUUCUUUGAAGUCAGUUGUGGAUCGAAAAUACCCUCCUAAAACAAAACCACCCUAGGAGUUUCCCUCCAACAAUGGCGAUGAGCAAAGCUAAAACCCUACCUGAAGAAAUCAUAAUUGACAUACUCUACCUCCUCCCUGUAAAGUCCAUUGGACUGUGGAGGUGUGUUUCAAAGCAGUGGAACAAUUUUCUCUCAGACCCACAAUUCAUCAAAUCACACUUCAACCUUCAUGCCCAUAAACAAGAAGAGAAACUCAUUCUUGUCAAUUGGUUUCGCCAACUUCACACUAUCAUUUUUGACCACUAUGAAAUCUAUAAUGAAAUCGAUGGUAUUUCAAGAAAGCUUAAUUUUGACCAGCUUUCAGAUAACUGGGUUACUGUAGCUGGUUCUUGUAAUGGUUUAGUCUUGGUUCUUGAUAGGGAAAAUAUUAUAUUUUUAAUCAACCCCACAACCUUAAAGUACCAUAAAGUUCCAGUCUUUGAUUUGUCUCUUCCUCUUCGAGGUAGUAAUAACAGACGUAGCUGUAACAUGUAUGGCUUAGGUUAUGAUGUUGUUAGUGAUGAUUAUAAGGUGGUUAAUCUUUCUUAUUACGAUACGGAAAAUUAUGAAUAUUGGGCUGACAGUUUUGUGGAUAUGUACUCUGUGAGGAAGGGUGUUUGGAAGAGACUUGAGACUCCUUAUGAUCAUUCACUUACUGAUCUUGCUUCUGGGGUUUUGAUUAAUGGGGCUUUGCAUUGGUUGGCUUGUAGAAAAACUGAAUAUUCAACUCUAAUUGCUGCUUUUGAUUUAACUGAUGAGAAAUUCUUGGAGCUACCAGGACCUCUUGAUCUUAGUAAUAAUUGCUUUAUGUGUAAUCUUGCGGCUAUUAGAGGGUGUCUUUCUAUAUGCACUAGUAUAUCCCGAGACAAUGACACAAUUUCAUUUUGGAUGAUGAAAGAGUAUGGGGUUAAGGAGUCUUGGACCAAAUUUAAGAUUACAGAACCGAAUGUAGAUAGGUCUCUUAGUACACUAUUGUGCUCCAUUACUGAUGAUGAUGUUUUAUUCGAUAUUGAUGAAGAAUUGGUUGUCUACGAUAUGAAAGAGAAUCAGCGUAUGGAUCUCAUGGUUGAUGUAAAGCAUAUGGGUGAAGUUCAAACUUUUAUCGAUAGUCUUAUCUCUCCUUCCUUUGUACAGGAAACUGAGGGUUAAUGUAUUGCUUGAUGUACAAGAUGAUGCUGUAUACAGGUAUAAGUCCUUCAGAAUCUUGCCAGUACAUACUAGAAUGGGUUCAGUUAUGUUGAGACAAAUGCUGAAUUCACAGACACGUCGCAAAAGAUUGAAAUGAACAAAAAAUACCGCAAUAUUUGAGGUCAGAUAAUGCAAUAUAUAUUACAACUCAUGAGCUGAAAGGAAGUACCUGAAUUAGAAACUUCAGAGACUGACAUGAACUGGAACUAAAGACAUCAAAAACAGAGGUGAAGCUGGCACUUGCUUAAUACAAUAUCAAGUUCUUUUCACUUGUCUUUGGAAAGGAUGCCCUCAUUAUCGCCCUAGCAACUGGCAUUAAUCCUAUAAUAGCAAUCUGUAGGUGAUAUGUUCUAACCAAGAUUUGCCACUUCUGUUGCUAUUUUUUUUUUUUUUUUUUUUGAUAACUAUGGUGCUUGGUCCAGCUAGUGCACCUCGAGCUACCUUCCACCAAUACAGCUAGUGCCCUAGUGUUUUUUGCCUCCGCUGGGUAUUUAACCUGAUACCUCAUGGUUCUCAACCCACUUCAUUCACCACUAGACCACAUCCUUGGAUGCCCACUUUUCUUUGCCAUUUAAUCCGUCCCUAACAGCAAUCUUGGAAUUCCUUCCUAUGGAGAACUGAUAUUACAGAUUGCUUCCCCAUAUUAAGUCACUUUUCUAUUUCAUCAAAGUAAGGCCAGGUGAACUUUGGUACUGGCCUACAGGGUAAUCUAUCGUCCUGAUAGAGUUUUGUCAUGGUAGUUCUUCCUUCUUGCAGAAAAUAUACAGUGUUAAUUUGUAUUAUGUGAAAAGGAUUAAUUCAGCACUAUAGAAUGCAGGUGUUUUAAGAAAGGAACUUAUGGAUGUGCAUAACGCUUUUAAGCAAAUUUUCUACUUGUUGAUUGUCCUCUUUUUUCGUAUGGAUUUGCUUAGGAAAAGAUAGAGCCAUAGAUGGAG